UCUCUCUUGUCCCCCAGCUCCGGAAGGGGUGGGCGGGGGCAGGCUCAGCUCGCAGCCGCCCUAUGAGACGCCCUCCCGGGCAGACGUCUCGGUUGGCAUUCGGUGCUCAUUUGGAGGCUGAAGUGGAACAACCGCGUUGGUGUUUGCGUGCGAGUCACGACGCCACGCAGCUCGGCAUGACUCGCAAGUGAAUGCACCACGAUUUAGUUUUUUUUUUCCUUUUUUGUUUUUUUUUUCGGGUGACGUGAGAUUGGAUGUCAUCCCUGCACCCCCCACACCCACACGCUGCUUUAUAAUCCACUUGGGGUUUUUUUCUAAGGGAUGUAAAGGACACUUUUUUCCCCCUGGACAACAGAAUUUCCAGAGAAUGCAUGUGAGAGAAUUUACAUUCUGUAACCGCGCAUCGUCGUAAUUGCCCCCCCCCCCGCCGCCCUUCUUUUUUUUGUUUCCUCCCCGCGUGUGCUUGGAUGUGCGCGCGUCCGACGACGUCGAGUACAACCAGGACGCCACACUCGCCGUGCUCCUGAGCCAUGGCGUCCCCGGGUUUCUGGUCCCUCGGUGCCGGGGACAAUUCGGGCAGCCGGAGCCCCAACACGCCCCGGGCUUGGUGCCAGGCAGCGGCCCAGAAACUCUCCGGAGGGCUGGGAUCCAAAUUAUGUGCGCUCCUGAACGUGAACGAAGGGGACAAAGGUGCAGCCGAUCCCCCAGCCGCCAAGCAGCAACCUCACGCGGCGGAGGGCAGCUGCGGAUGCACCAAAGACUGCAACUGCACUAAAGCCGCCGUGCAUGGCUUCUCCGACCUUUACUCAACAGACCUCCUCCCGGCCAUGGACGGCGACGCCAAGACUCUGAGCUUCCUGCAGGAGGUGGUGGACAUCUUGCUGGCCUACAUCGUGGAGUCGUUCGAUCGCGACACCAAGGUGAUCGACUUCCACUACCCCAGCGAGCUGCUGCAGAUGAACAACUGGGAGUUGCAGCACGAGCCCAGCACCCUGGACGACAUCUUGAUCAGCUGCCGCGCCACCCUCAAGUACGCCAUCAAGACAGCCCACCCCAGGUACUUCAACCAGCUGUCUACUGGCUUGGACAUGGUGGGCCUGGCUGCUGAUUGGCUGACGUCCACCGCCAACACCAACAUGUUCACGUACGAGGUGGCUCCGGUCUUCGUCCUGUUGGAGUACGUGACGCUCAAGAAAAUGCGCGAGAUCAUCGGCUGGCACGAGGGCCGCGGCGACGGCAUCUUCUCCCCCGGUGGAGCCAUUUCCAACAUGUACGCCAUGCUUCUGGCCCGUUUCAAGAUGUUCCCUGAAGUCAAGGAGAAAGGAAUGUCAUCCGUUCCCCGGCUGGUGGCCUUUACCUCCGAACAUAGUCAUUUCUCCAUCAAGAAGGGAGCAGCAGCUCUUGGGAUCGGCACCGAGAGCGUCAUCUGCAUCAAGGCUGACCAAAGUGGUAAGUUGAUUCCCGCAGACCUCGAGCGGCGAAUCCUGGAGGCCAAACAGAAGGGUUUCGUGCCAUUUUUCGUGAGCGCCACGGCGGGCACGACGGUGUACGGCGCCUUCGACCCGCUCAUCGCCAUUUCUGACAUUUGUAGGAAGUACAACAUCUGGAUGCAUGUGGACGGUGCGUGGGGAGGAAGUCUGCUCAUGUCCCGGAGACACCGAUGGAAGCUGGAUGGUGUCGAAAGAGCCAAUUCGGUGACUUGGAACCCACACAAGAUGAUGUCGGUGCCGCUACAGUGUUCUGCCCUACUGGUGCGCGAGGAGGGCCUGAUGCAGAACUGCAACCAGAUGCACGCCUGCUACCUGUUCCAGCAAGACAAGCAAUACGACCUGUCCUACGACACCGGAGACAAGGCGCUGCAGUGCGGACGCCACGUGGACAUCUUCAAACUGUGGCUCAUGUGGAGAGCAAAGGGCACCAUCGGGUUUGAGGCGCAGAUCGACAAAUGUCUGGAGCUAUCCGAGUAUCUGUACAACAAAAUCAAGGACAGGGAAGGCUACCAGAUGGUCUUCGACGGGAAACCUCAACACACCAACGUAUGCUUCUGGUAUUUGCCGCCCGGCAUGCGCUACAUGGACGACAUAGAGGAGAAGAAGAAACGCUUGCACAAGGUGGCGCCUGUGAUUAAGGCGCGUAUGAUGGAGUACGGGACCACCAUGGUGAGCUACCAGCCGCAGGGCGACAAGGUCAACUUCUUCCGCAUGGUCAUCUCCAAUCCAGCCGCCACCUUCGAGGACAUCGACUUCCUCAUCGAAGAAAUCGAGCGUCUGGGUCAGGAUCUAUAAAAGAACUGGCUGCAAUUCACCAUCCUCAAUGUAACUUGCUCCAUUUUAUUUCCUCUCAAACAAAAAUUAUAUUUGCCAUUUUCACAUUACCGGUAUAUACAGUGAACCCCCCUCCCCACCUGUUUACUGCGGCCAUGUUCCAGACCCAAUUGCGAUCGGUCGACAUUUGCAAUAUGGAGAUGUGUACGUCCUAUUGUUCACCACUCCCGCACUUUAUAAAAUGUAGACAUAACCCCCCCCCCCCCCAAAAAAAACGUUUCAAGCUUAAAAAAACAUUAAAAGUCCACUGGUUUAAUGCUAACAUAUAAGAAACACAAUCGACGGCCUAAUCACGCUUCACACUGUGUCACUGGACGAGUGUUGCACCACUUGUGGCACAAAGUGGUACUACACUGAAGUACCAAAAAUUUGGACUUGCCUGCAUACUGCAAAAGCGAUUGCUUCACAAUCUGGGAUACAACUGGGGGCGCAAACCAACUGCGGUUUACUGGGGGUACACUGUAUAGAUAUAUAAAUAUGUGUACAUAUACUGUACAUAUAUCUCUAUAUUACGUAUGCUAGCUUUGUUGUGGACUUAUGCGGUCCAAAGCUUUGUACAAGUGCUUGUCCGCCUUUUUCCGCUAGUGUUGUCCCGACCAAAAACGUGCCAAUCGGUGUAACUUAAACUGUGCUAAUAUGUGAUAACGUGCAAUAAGUCCACAAUUAUUAAUACUCUGAUUGUUUUAUAAUCAUUUAUGACGACGAUGUGAUGACGUGCCAAAGUGUCCGUGUUCUUUAGCGUAAAUGCCAUUUGUAAGUCAUUUUUAAACAAAGCACCUAGCCUUCCUUGCCUCGGCAUAAUCUACUUCCAUCGGAUCCUGCCCUUGUUCUAGCCCCCAUGGCUAAUUUGCUAAUGCUAAUGAAGCCCCCAUGACAUCAACUGCCAAAAAGUGAUCAUGUAAAAUGCGACCCGAGUGACUCACUGUUGUGAAACAAGUAUACAGAGUUUGCUUCCUGGCUAAUGUGAGAGCUAAACAUGUUGGCUAACACUAAAGAAUUAGCAGGCACUGGUUCCAGAACUAGCUACAAAAACCAUUUCAACGUCUUUACCUCAGCGAAAAGAACUGAUUGAUAACCAUGACCUGAUUAGCGUCCCAGCACAGGUUAUGACUUAUGAAAUUCAGCUACUUUCGCUUCUAAAACUCUUUUUGGGCAAAUUUGAGGCUACUUCUAAGACUGAGUAGGUCGCUCAAAAAAAUGCGGGAUAAACUACUUUCAUAUUUCACAUUUGUGCUAUCUCUAUGAUUAAUUUGCUAAUGCUAAUUUAACAAUCGUGACUUGGCUGCUUUACGUAAUGACCAAUUACAUCGAGGUUUUUAAACGAAUGUCAGAAUUUUAGUUUGCGAUAUACCUUCCCUGCUAAUGUAAAUAUCUAAUCCCGGUGGCGAACGUUAAGCUAUUUUUUUUAAUACUAUUUCUCUGAGUUGAUAAAAUUGGUUUGAGAAUUACCCAGCUCAGAAAUGCUAAAUGUUUUCACAUCUCAUGCGACCAAUUCGGCAAUACUGUACUAAUUUACCGCUUGCAACUUUGCUGCUUUAAGUGACGACAUCCAAUUAGGAACCGAGGGAAUCCAGAAUCUUUCAAGUGGCCGUAGGCAAGAAUUUUAGCUCGCAAUUAGCUUCACCACCGAUGUAUGAAUUCAAAUAUUGCAAAUAUUGCAGCUAACGUUCAGCUAAUAUUAACACAUUGUGUAAAAGGUCAAAAUUAAGAAAUGUAGAAAUGGUAUUCUAAUUUAGAAGAAAGGACUCAAAAUCAAAACAGGUGGCUGUGAUCUUAAAGCAACCCCGCAGGGGGUGCUGUUGUACAAAGAAUGGCCAUGUUUGCCCUUAAUACUUUGUUCCAAAUUACAGAAUUUAUUUCGGACACAAGUUGGCAAAAGUAUAAUAUCAUGGAUUUAUGCAAUGAAAUUCAUGAUCAAAACAAAAUAAGAGUUCCAGUUCAUAUUGUAGCCACUGAAUGCUUUGAUAUGAACGCUUGCGGCACAGACUACUUCCUGGCACCACAACCUUAUACGGUUCUUCUCAGCUCAAGAUAUUAAGAGAAUUAUAUAUCGAAUAUGUUUGCGAAAAAAAGCACCAGUAUACUAGUUCCUCCUUGAUUCAUUCGACAGCAAUACUGAUGAUGUGAAUGGUCGCAAGAAAAGCACAAUUAGCUCCACAAUCACUUUUUGACGGUAUCGUGUAAAUAGCGCUGGGGUCGUAUACAUACAUGUACAUAAGACGUAUAACCAGAGAUUAUUUGUGAUGGUAACUCAUAUUUUUCCUCAGUGUAGAGCAGGGGUGGGCAAAGUCUGGUCCUUGGGACACCUAUGACCCAUUAAGCAAUCCUGUAAUAUUGAUUUUUUUUUAAAUUCUAUUUUAUCACAGAUUGAUGUAUUGUUAGCGUUUUCUUUGAUUAACAAUUUGAGAUAUAGUUCCUGUUAUUAAACCUGGUCAAUAAUCGGCUAAAUAAUUACAAUUGGGUUAAUUAUAAAUGAUAGCAUUAAAAUUGAGAAUCAAUCCCAGUUUUAUCUUUUACAUCGGGAAUAUGAAUUGCAGUACAUUAUUAUGAUUAUUUUUUAAAUAAGCUGUCCUAACUAUCCCUCGCGCUCCAAACUUUGCCGCUCCCCUCCCCAAGGUAUCGUGUGUCAACUUGAAUGUAUUUUUCAACACGUGCGCGUAACUCAUAAAGGGGUGCACGCGUGCGCGUUAUUCCUCGUGGUGACCUUUUGUGAGCCGGAAGCACUUUUCUGUUGCGAUACGUGACUGGCGUGUGACGUUUGUGUGUCUGUUGUGGUGUAUUUUGGCUGCCUUAUACUGUAGUCCAAUGUUGCUGGUAUCGUCUGUACAUUCUACCACCUGACACCCUCAUGCUCUCUUGUGGGGUGGGUGUGCACUUUAGCCUACACACAAACACAAUCGCACACACGCACACACACACAGACACACACACACAGACACACACACACACACACACACACACACACAAGCCAAUGAUGUGCAAUGUCCUUGUUCCUGAAUGAGGGUGACAAAAGUGUUCAAAAGUAACCUUGAAUGUUUAAUCGACAGCAAUGUGUUUAUUGAUCAUCUAUUUAUUUAUUUAAAGACUCCGGAAUCGCCAAAGUGAAACAUUCACAAUGCUUGGCCCCAGAGCGGCUAAACGACGGCGUUGGUUCGCUGCAUCCAUCCCGGCCCCCUUUGCACGUGCAUGCAUGCGCUUUGUUAGCCUUGCCUCUGCUUUUAUUGUAUGUGAUGUAGCGCCUCCUAUAUAUGCACACACGUAUAGCUAUAUAUUUAUACCUCUACAUGUAUAUCCACGUCUAUACAGUAUCUAUCCGUAUAUUAUCGCUAUUAAAGUCAGUGUUGGGCUUUGUAAUUAGCUUCGGUGUUAACGUCCAGCAUAUGAUUGUUGUCUUUGGGCUUUGGAGUUUCAAAAAAAAAAACAUACAAAAAAAAUGUCUCUGUAGCGCCAGCAUGCUGACCUCGCCUCUCUGCUCUGUCUUCUCCUUCUUCUCCUCCUCUGUGUUGUUCUUCUGCUUUUUUCCGCUGCUUCUGCCUGAGUGUCAUAUAUUCUCGCCGCAUGUUCCCCUGCCCGCGCUCCGCCUCCGUAUUUAACCUCUCUCUAUUUGCCCGAAGGGGGUGGGGGGGCCCUCUGGCUGCAGUUGACCCGCCGUUCGAGUCUUGUUUGGCCGUAUUGGAUGUUUGUUUUUUUCCCUACUUUUGGUCUGCCCUCCAACCAAUAAGUCUUGAUCAAAUGCUCAUUCUUUGCAAACGUAAGCAAUCAAUAAGCCUUCAUUGAUGCUAGAUGGUGCAAAUGUAUCUUCUGUAAAGUGCUGUGCCGGAGUUAACGUUCAUUUUUGUCCUGAACUAUGUGUUACUCUUUGGGGAAGAAAUAUAUAAAUAAAUAUUGUAAGUAACGAAAGAAA